GAGAUACGACAGAAGAGAGAGAAGAUGUUUGUUACGUUUCCAUCUUCUUCUUCGUCUCCUCUUCAUUCCCCAUCAGUAUUUUCUAGGGUUCUAACUUAUAGGAAUUAUUCAAUAGUGUAGGCGUAAUCUGGUUAUGGAAGAAGAGGAAGAUAGAUACAGAUAAGAGGAGAGAUUGAAUUUUAUUAAGAAGAAGAAGAACAAAAAGAAAAAAAGAGAUCGAAAUGGGGAAAGGAUCAGUUUCGUUUCCCCGGAAGAUCUUAAGGCGUCGAAAUAAGAAGUCCACUGAGAUGCAACCAAAACAAACUGAUCAUAUUAAUAAUUUUAUCAACUCUAAUCCCAACAAUUCAGUUGGAGUUGUUCCGACUUCCUCAGCAAAACCUAAAAAGAAGACCGGUAAUGCCAGAUUAUGGAUGAAGUUUAAUCAGUUUGGUGAAUCGGAGGUUUCUGAACUGGAUAAGAGUGCUAUUAUUAAGCGGGUGUCGAUUCCUGCUCGGGACCUUAGAAUUCUUGGUCCUGUCUUUUCUCAGUCUUCUAAUAUACUAGCCAGAGAGAAAGCAAUGGUUGUCAAUUUGGAAUUUAUAAAGGCUAUAGUUACAGCUGAAGAAGUGUUGCUGCUAGAUCCUCUUUGUCAGGAAGUUAUUCCAUUCGUGGAACAACUAAAGCAACAACUUCCUCAUAAUAGACAACCCAAGACUCAUGAGGUCGGUGCUGAAGCAGCUGAAGGUCUUCAGUCUGAGCUUCCCUUUGAGUUUCAGGUGUUAGAGAUUGCAUUAGAGGUUGUAUGUACAUACUUGGAUUCCAAUGUGGCUGACCUGGAGAGGAAUGCGUACCCUGUGUUAGAUGAGCUGGCUAGGAAUGUUAGCACCAAGAAUCUUGAACUAGUCCGAAGUUUGAAAAGCACUCUCACUCGCCUGCUUGCUCGUGUACAAAAGGUUAGGGAUGAACUUGAGCAUCUUUUAGAUGAUAAUGAGGAUAUGGCGCAGUUAUACUUAACUAGGAAGUUCAUCCAGAAUCAGCAAUCAGAAGCAUUAAUGGGGACCAUGGGUUCAAACAGCAAUGUUACCAUUGGACCUAACCUUCGAAGACUUGAUUCUAAUAAGAGUGCAAGUCUGAUUACUAGCAAUCGUUUCGAUGAUCAUGAUGAUGUUGAGGAUUUGGAGAUGUUGCUGGAGGCUUAUUUCAUGCAGCUGGAUGGGACUCGUAACAAAAUAUUGUCGGUGAGAGAAUAUAUUGAUGAUACAGAAGAUUACGUCAACAUCCAACUUGACAACCAAAGAAAUGAACUCAUUCAACUCCAGCUGACAUUGACCAUUGCUUCAUUUGCCAUAGCUGUUGAGACUCUGAUCGCUGGUACUUUUGGUAUGAACAUUCCUUGCCUGCUUUACCGUAUUGAAGGAAUCUUUGGCCCUAUUGUUGGAGGUAGUUCAGCUGGAUGCUUCUUGAUGUUCCUCCUCAUGUUAGCUUAUGCUAGAUGGAAAAAGCUACUUGGGUCUUGACUUGUCUUAUUGUUGUUUUCUUUUGGAUGCAAGAAGAAUUUUAUUAAUGAAUUUAAGAGAUUACACUUCGAUCAUGAUCAACCCAAUCUUGAAUAUCAAGAGGAAGAUCGGAUUGAAAUUCAAAAUUUGACUUUAAAGAUCUAGCUUUUUUUGCUAUCUUAUCAGCUAUUCUA